CGGGGUUCGGGGAAGAGCGGAUAUAGUGAAUGCGGGGUCCGUGGAGAGCGGAUAUAGUGAAUGCGGGGUUCCGGGGAGACCAGAUAGUGAAUGCGGGGGGCCCGGGGAGAGCGGAUAUAGUGAAUGCGGGGUCUGGGGAGAGCGCGAAUAUAGUGAAUGCGGGGUCCGGGGAGAGCGGAUAUAGUGAAUGCGGGGUCCGGGGAGAGCGGAUAUAGUGAAUGCGGGGUCCGGGAAGAGCGGAUAUAGUGAAUGCGGGGUCCGUGGAGAGCGGAUAUAGUGAAUGCGGGGUCCGGGGUAGACCAGA